AUGAAAGUUCAGUCCUUGUGUUUGUGCCUCUUUAUGUUGGUGCUCGGUGGCUCCGAAGCUGGCACGGUCAACGGAACAGGAGAUUUGGCGGCUAAGUGCAACCAAUUGGUUCAGAAUGUGAUUCCCUGUUUGAACUUUGCGACGGGCAAUGCGGCGGUUCCGACAAAAGAUUGUUGCGACGCUUCGUCGAAAAUAAAGGACAGAGAUCCUGAGUGCUUGUGCUACUUAAUCCAGCAGACCCAUAAGGGUAGCCCAGAGGUGAAAAGCAUGGGUAUUCAAGAAACUAGGCUCCUUCAACUCCCUACUGCUUGUAACAUGAAGAAUGCCAGCACCACCCACUGUCCUAAGCUUCUGGGUCUAUCUCCAAACUCCCCAGACGCUGCAAUCUUUAUGAAUGCUUCGUUGGGAACUGCUACGGCUUCAACCGUGGGAACUACAACACCGAAUUCUAAGGACUCUUUCGGAAGCAAGCUUAGACCUCCUCUCAUUGCAGUGGCUUGGUCUAUUCUUCUAGUCAUGAUUCCAACUGGGCUUGUCAGCAUUUACUCAUGA